CAUUACACGUCACGUAAAUGUGUCAAUUUUUCACAUCGCGAAGAGUCAACGUGUCACCGGUUUCUCGUGAAUUUUCCUAUUUUCCCUCAUAAGUUAUUUUCCCUGGCUGUAGAAAUAUUCUAAAGAUGACCUCAAAAUACCUCCUGAUUCUCGUGGUUUUUGCUGCUGCAACCCUUGCGGAUGAGGACUCAAAUGCCCGCCUCUUGGUGUCUAAGCAAAUCCUCAAUAAAUACCUCGUGGAGCACAGAGAUAUUGUGGUCAAGUACACACUCUUCAAUGUUGGGAAUGGGGCUGCUGUGAAUGUUCAGCUCACCGACCAUGGGUUCCAUCCGGAAGCCUUUGACAUUGCCAAGGGCCAAUUAAGGGCACACUUUGACCGCAUCGCACCCCAAACUAACGUUACGCACAUUGUUGUGGUGCGCCCCAAAUCUUUUGGGUACUACAACUUCACCGCUGCCGAAGUUACCUACAAAAUCAAUGAGGAAUCUGACGUGAUUCAAGAAUCCAUCACAUCUGAACCCGGAGAGGGAGGAAUUGUUGCACUUGUGGAGUUCAACAAGAGGUUCUCAUCGCAUUUCUUUGAUUGGGCAGCUUUUAUUGUUAUGGUCCUGCCAUCGUUGGUAAUUCCCUUCGGACUGUGGCAUUCAUCAAAGUCAAAGUACGAGAAACUCGCAAAGCCCUCGAAAAAGAGUCACUAAACUCUCACAUAAACUCACCCUCCUCCAUCACCUUCCAUCUCAUUGUGACAAAAACCGAACCUCCACCCGGUUACACAUCCAAACACAUCGGAUGAGAUUAUAAAAAGAUCAAGAGAGAUCAAUGUGAGUCUUUUUUAUGCAAAAAAAAAAGACAGAAUAUCAAGAAUAUUCGCAAAAUUGUAAUAUUCUUGAAAUAAAAUCAGAUCUCAUUGUUCUAAACCUACAAA